CUCACCUGCACUCCUCCGAUUCCCACUCCUCUUAUUCCCACUCCUUCCAUGCCCACUUCUCCAACUCCCAUUGCCACUCCCACUCUGAUGUUCACUCCUACCUACUCCUACUGCUACUUUUUCUUGUUAUUAUGCCUGUCAUUCCUCACAUAAUGCCUCUUUAAGACAUCACUCACUCUCUCUGUUUCAGUGGUGUGUUGUGCAACAUCAUAUUUCUGUGCCAUAUUUCUAUUGUAUUAAGUUUUCAUAGUAGGCCGCUUCAAUUCACCAACGAGCAGUACACAAAAACUCCACUGUGAAAAGGAAAUGCUGGCCUUGAUUUGCUGAAAUGGUACUGGUCCAUUGGUACUGUGCCAUUAAUAUUACAGACACUGUCAUUAUUAUAGACCAAUAUUUGUUGCUGUUAUUGUAAUAAUAUGUUUUGAAGGGAGGAUGAUAAGUUACCCCUGAGAUAUUUCUGUUUUAUGAUUGUUUAUGGCAUUUCAUAUCUUGAAAGUAUCAAUGGAUACACAUGUUCUUGCAGCAUUAGGUACAAAUGUUGAUGAGGACCAUUUGUAUGCAAGCUCUUUGAUAUUGUGGGCUUUCCUGCCAUGUCCUAGUAGUAGAACACUUUCCUAUCUGCUGUUUCAUUGGUAUGUAAAAGGGCAAAUUUUGCAAGUGUGAAGUUAGCUUGAGAAACAGCUCAGAACCAAGUCAAAAUCUUCAUGGCAAAAUAUAAUAGUGACCCAAGAUCAACAAAUUCUUAGUUGGCAGCAGCUGCUCUGUCACGACUGGAUCGCGCCAGUGCGCUCUUCGGAGAUCAUGCUGUCCGAGAUCAAGACACUGCUAACGGCGCACCAUGUGCUAAACAUGCUGCUGGCCUCCUCUUUCCUGGUGUUCAAGUACACACCAGUGGUGUGCGAGUUUGUGUUCCCGGGCCCGGAGCCGUGCGAGCUGUCCGAUAAUGAAAGCAAACUGCUGUUCUUCGUCGCUGUCGUCAUUUGGGCAAAGACCAAGAAGACGGGAGCUCGCGGCGUGUUACCGUACCUGAGCACCACUUAUACCUACCUGAAGCUGCUCAGCUUGGUGCUCUGGUUCUACUCAGAUCCCGUCAAAGGCGUCAUCUACCUGGUGUUGGCGACCAUGGUGUACGUGUGGUUCCCGGAGCCCGUCUCGACCGUGCCCGAGCGGGUCACCUACUUCUCCUACCAGGAGCUUGAGGACACGUUGGCCGAGCAGCGUAACAUGGUCUUCUUCGUCUGCUUCUUCGCCACCUGGUUUCCGUCUUCCGUCAAUUUCGCCAACGUCUUCUCCAGGCUGUCCGGCACGUACGCGCUGGACAACCUGGUGUUCGGCAAGGUGGACGUGACGCGCCACCCGGACGCCGCCCAGAAGUACCGCAUCAGCACGUCCAGCUUCAGCCGGCAGCUGCCGACUGUGGUGCUGUUCGAUGGCGGCGAGGAGGUCAGCCGGCGGCCUGGCUUCGACGAGCGCGGCCGCCUGGUGCCCUUCACCUUCAGCGAGGAUAACGUCGUCGCUGCGUUUGAUCUGAACAACGUGCACAAGAAAUGCAAGGACGAGCUGCCCAGGUUCAGGAAGAUCGAGGCGAAGAAGACCAAGUAGUGCCUGGUGUCUGUGG